UCCAUCGAACAGAAAGUCCGUCCCGCCCUCUUGCCAAUAACGUUAAUAUGGAGCAUCCCGUCCGGGACGUUGCGACGUGAGACGAGUACGCCUGGGAACAACGAGGUUAGGCACCGGCGCACUGGAGUGGAGUUGUAGUUGUGUGAGCAGCCUGAAGGCUGGAACAAAGCUAGAACAACUUACCCUCACAUUGUAUGUCUUGCUUCCUGUCUGCAAACAUCUCAAAAUGAUCCAGCCAAACUAACUGCCAGCACUUUGUCAUCCGCUGGCUCUCCGAGAUGUCCACCCUGUUUCUUGAUUGGACAGAAGACUGAAUCACAUUCCUGGAGGCGUCGAGGGGACUCUCUGCCCGCUGCGCAUGCUUCAGUGUCCUGCUCUUCAACAUGGCUCCUGACCUCCUCGCUUCGCAUCCAAGUCACCCGGGGCAAAAAUGUGCGUUGUCAUGGUGAUCAUUAGCAAAAAAACGCUGGAGAAGAAGCGCGUCGAAGAUGUAACGUCCAAGUGUCUGGAAAUAGGCCAGCUGCGGGAGCCGACCAUGAGCCAGGGAACGGCCCUCUUCUCUUGUGGACUGAUGGAGGCGGGCCGGUGGCGUGAGCUGGGCCAGGGCUGCCCCUCGCGGCCGGUGGGCGCCAGCCUGGAGAACCUGUGGGACGCGGUGCCCGAGGAGUGCCAGAGCCCCACGGGGUGGCUGGGCGGCGGCGGCGGCGGCGGUGGCGGCGCCAUCUCGGGGCUGCUGCGGGAGCUCAGCCUGGCGGACCCGGCGGCCUUCGCCGCGGCGCCGCCCAGCAAGCGGCAGUGCCGGUCGCUGUCCUGCUCCGACGAGCUGGCGGGGGGCUGCCGCGCGGCGUGGCGGCCCCAGGGGUCCCGCGUCUGGACGGCGGUGGAGAAGCGGCGCUGCCACAGCGGGGGCAGCGUGCACCGCGGCGCCGGGGGCGGAGCCUCGGGGGCGCCGCCCGCCGUCGUCUUCCCCGCCAUGCAGCGCAGCUCCAGCUUCAGCCUGCCGGCGCGCUCCAACGCGGCGCUGGAGCUGCCGUGCUUCUCCCCGGGCCUGGUGCCCGCCUUCACCGGCCGGGCCUCCCCUUCCUCCUCCUCCUCCUCCUCCUCCUCCUCCCCCUCCUCCCCCUCCUCCUCCUCGGUGACCCUGUCGUCGGCGGCGCCCGGCGGCCUCUACCUCUCGCACGAACACAUCUUCCCGGCGCUGGCGCCCCCGGGGGCGUCGCCCGACAGCUCCCCGGGCUCCACCCCCGAGCUGGAGCGGCGGAGGGGCGUGGCCGGCCCGGGCGGAGGGGGGGGGGGGCUGGCCCGCAGCCGCUCGCAGCCCUGCGCGCUCGACCACAAGAAGAUGGGCGUGAAGCGCCGGAGGCCGGCCGACUCUCGGCCGUCCCUGGACCUCGCCAAGAUGACCCAGAAACUGCGCAGCUUCCACAGCCUCAGCUGUCCUGGGAUCCCCGGCGAGGACGGCCGCCAAUCAACCCAGGCCCCGCCCACCCUCAGAAGCCCCGCCCCCUGGGAGAGCAGCGACUUCCUCCGGGACCCCACGUCCAGGUCUAAGGAGGGCGAGGGGGAGGGCAUGAGCGUGGGCUCGGACCCCGCCAUCGAGGAGCUGGGCUGGGGGGCCCCGGACUACGGCGACGCCACGGGGGGCGGGGAUACGACCGGCGGCGGCGGCGGCGGCGGCGGCGAGUACCUGUGGGCGGGGCUGUGCAGCCCCAGGAAGGACAUGUAUCAGCUGGGGGGCAUGCUCGACAUCGAGCAGAUCGAGAGGAACUGAGCCCCCCCCCCCAUGCCCCCCCCCCCCCCCACCUCGUCCACACACUCCUUCCUGAACCCCUUUCUCCGCUCCUCCCUCCUUCACGCUACGAUCCCAACCCCCCUCUUUUUGGAGGGGUGUGAACUGUGACCCCGGGGGCUGGAUCGCCAUGCGGCCCAGCGGGGCGGGGGGGGGAGGGGGGUCGAACCUCACUCAUAAGUCUUAAGAAAGGACGUAGGUGUCGGGACGUGGCCCCCACACCUGCUCGCUUUGGCCCGGGUCUGGCCGACGACGACGGGGGGGGGGUGUCUGUGGGCGGUCCCACAGAGGGGGGGGGCGGCGUCCGCGCUGGAAGCCAUUGUGCUUCGUUUCGCUGACGUGGGUAUCAGGAGGACCCGGGGGGGAGGGUGGGGGAGUUUAAAGGAAGUGCUGCUGCACAACAAGGGGGGGGGGGGGGGGGGGGGGGUAGGAGGGUCCGUCUGUGAGUGGCCGGACGGACUGUCGCCGUGCCGACCGAGGCGGGAACGCACCACAGGGGCUCUCUGAACCUUUUGCUGCACUAGACGAAACAAGAAGAGGAGGAGAGGAAGAUGGUGGCGGCUUCCCGGACGUUGUUUGACACGGGUACAUGAUGGACGCGCGCUGAGAGACUUCGCCUUUCGGGGACCGCGGAUGUCGGAAAUGGCCGGUCUGACGAGUUGCGCGGCGCACACAUUCGCACAUGGACACGCACACACACACACACACACACACACACACACACACACACACACACAAACACACAUAUACAGGCCACAAAAUGACAAGCUUAAUAAUUCGCACAAUAACAUGAGGCUACUCUCUGAGAUUGUAUUUUCCUUUUUUGUCGGAGAGAAACUUGGUGAAGCUAAUAGCGUUAAUGUUCUUCCUUUUUAUAAUUUGUAACUACAGAGCUAUGUAAAAAAAAAACAUGGACAUAUUUCUAUACAAAUAAAACACAGUUUUAAAUGUG